AUGGUGAAGGAAACGGGAUAUUAUGAUACUCUUGGUGUGCAACCCUCGGCCACUGAAGACGAAUUGAAGAAAGCUUAUCGAAAGCUUGCUCUUAAGUUCCAUCCUGAUAAAAAUCCGGAGGGUGCCGAGCAGUUCAAGAAAAUCUCACAGGUUUAUAGGACAUGAAUUUUAUGGUAUUUUUAAAAUGGAUUCAGGCCUACGAAGUUUUGUCAGAUGAGAAAAAGAGGAAAGUUUACGACACCGCUGGAGAAAAGGGUCUUCAAGGAGGCGGCGGAGAAGGAGGCGGUUUUCACAAUCCCUUCGACAUUUUCGAGUCGUUCUUCGGUGGCGGAUGUUCGUUUUUUUUUAAUACUAAAAAGAGUUGAUAUAAAAAAUUUUCAGCUCGUGGCUCCAGAGGCGAACCGAAGGUCAAGUCAAAGGUUCACAGUAUACGUGUAACUCUGGAACAGUAUUACAAUGGUGUUACCAAGAAGCUGAAGGUAAACCUAGAAGUAUUUUUCUUUCUUACUUAUUUUUGUAGGUUAAACGGACAAUCGUUUGCCAAGGCUGCGACGGACGUGGUGGAACCGAGGGAGCUGUCAAAGAAUGCACAGUUUGCGAUGGACACGGAGUAGUUGUCAGGUUUUCAGUCCAAUUUUGCAAAUUUUUCAUUUAAAUGUACUCUCAGAGUGAUAAGAAUGGGACCGAUGGUCCAGCAAAUGCAGUCGCAGUGCUCAGCUUGCGAUGGCGAAGGAAGCAUCAUUCCAGAUAAGGACAGGUGCACGAAAUGCAGAGGAAACAAGCUGGUUCUUGGCCUAAUGAUCGACUUUUUCUUAUUUUUGUUGUGUCUAGAUCCAAGACGAGAGUAUUCUGGAGGUCGUUGUCAAGCCAGGAAUGAAAGACGGCGAGCAGGUCGUUUUCAAAGGAAAAGGAGACGAAAUUCCUGGCCUUCCGCCGGGUGACGUCAUCAUUAUACUUGAAGAAGAGGUAGUUAAACUUUUGAAUAAUUUCGAAAAUUGUUUCAUUUUUUAGAAAAACGAACUUUUCACUCGCAAAGACGAAAAUCUUGUGAUUGAGCAGAAAAAUUCAGGUAUCUAUCUUUAAUUUUUCUUUUUCUAAAUUAUAAAUCCGUAAAAUUGUUAAAUUUUUUUGUGAAAUAGUUGGUUGAAUUUUAUGAUUUUUUUUCAAAUGACGUACUCUUUACGAUUAUUUUUUUCUCAAAUCAAUAAAAUUUCGAAGCUCACGAUCGCAUAAAAAUGUUUCUAUAUGAAACUGAUGAUUUUGGGGCAGCCAAAAAAACGGUUUGCGACCGAAAUAAUUAAAGAAGUUUUUUUAUAAAAAAACAAAUUUUGAUUCUAGAAUUAUUUUACUAACAUCUUAUAAGUCGUUUUGAAAGAGAAUAGGGAGAAAAAGAAAGGUAAUUCAAAAACAGCUCUGAAUAUCAGUUUUACUUUUUGAGUUUUACUUUCAAAAUUUUACACUCGAUUUAUUGCAGUUGGUUCAAGCAUUAUGUGGUUUUACGAGUACUGUUAAAACGUUGGACAAUAGAAUGUUGUUCUACAGAAUUUUGCCGGGUGAAGUGAUCAGUGAUGGAACUGUUAAAGUGAGUUUUUGUCUUCUUAAUUUUAUUUCCAACUUUGAUGAAAGAGAAAGCUCCAAAAACUAUUUUCAGGUGGUUCAUGGUGAGGGUAUGCCGUAUGUAAACACGCCUUCUGAGAAGGUUUGACUUUUAUUAAAUCAUGUAGCACGACUUUUUUUUUUGCAGGGUGAUCUUUUGAUUGAAUUCAAAGUUACUUUCCCUGAGACUAUCAAAGCCGCCGAUCGUGAAAAACUCGCUUCUCUCUUGCCUGACCGAGGUUUUCCAAUGUUUUAUCCGAAAGUAUUAAGAAUUCGAUUUCAGGAGAAGAGAUCAUCGAUGAAGAGGCGGAGGUCUUCGAAGCCGUUUCCUUCAACCCAGAAACCCGGCGGAGAGGUCAUGCACACCACGGAUUCGAAGGACACGGUGGCCAUCCUGGCGUCGCUUGUCAACAACAAUAA